AUGGUGUCCAUCUACACGCCCCGUGCUCGCUCAGCACGACAACAUUCACAACAACAACAACUAUCCAUCCUUCUCUGCACCCUACUUGCCCUCCCAUCCGUGCUAGGAUCCGUGCUGCCAUCCACCGCAGAAAUAAGCAGUGGGGAGAUCGUCAAUGCGGAUCUCUCCGCAGCACAUACCACCACCACCAACACAGAUCAACCACUAUCACUAUCACUAUCACCAGAUAUCUUCACCACCACAACCACCAACGCCAACGACGACACCAGCAACCUCACCCUGCACCCCCGCAGCACCACCACCAACACCACAUCCAUAUCCACCGACACGACCGACACAUCAUCAUCCACAUUCCCCACCGCCUUCGACACCUCCCUAACCAACAACUUCACCACCACCACCUGCGCCACCUUCUUCCACAACCUCCUAUCCAACACCACCCUGACCUCCUGCCACGCCAUCUCGCUCCUCCUCCGCGACUCGACCUCCUUCUUCCACGCCCUCACCUCCGCCCCCACCACCUCCUCCAUCCUCGACACCGCCUGCGCCUCGAACCUCACCACCUGCAGCACCGCUCUCACCUCCCUCGCCUCGCAACUUCUCCAAUCAUCCACCUGCCUGCACGACUACAACGCCGGAAACCAAGCCGUCGUAUCCGCCUACACUGAUCUCAUUACCUACGCGCCCAUCUACCGCGCCACGUGCCUGCAGUCUCCAGAGACGAACAACUAUUGCUUUGUGGAUGCGGUAACGAAUACCAGUAAUUCUGUGGACUAUGAUGUGUAUUUCGUGCCGUAUGGGAGUGCCAUUGAUGCGGCGCCGUGGCCCACGUGUAAUGAGUGUUUGCAGGCGACGUUGAAUGUGUAUAAGGAGUAUGCGAGUGUGGAUGGGCAGCCGUUGGCGGAGAGUUAUUUGCCGACGGCGAGGGGGGUGAAUGGGGUGUGUGGGAGUGGGUUUGCGGAUGUUAAUGUUACGGUGGGGGUGGUGAAGGAUGGGGUUAGUAGUGGUGGUGCUGGGGGGAGGUUUGGGGGAGGCAGUUGGGGGGUGAUGGUGGUGGUGGUUGUGGGGUGGAGUGUUGGCUGGGUGAUUGGGGUGGUUUAG